AUGUAUGGAAGCCGUCACGUGGGGGGGAACAUGUCAACGCUGCCACGGACUGCCGCCGAGGACGCGUCUGGCAGAAAAUAUCUGCAUCACAUGCGUGGCGGUGUCGCGAAGAUGAUUGCGAACCUGGCGAUUACUUGGUACCAGAACAAGAAUCUCCCUCUACAGACCUCGGCAUCGAUGUGGCACGGAGCGGGAGGCCGCAUCAACAACCGUGCCGCUAUUGUUGUUGUCAAAGGCGACUCCUAUGCUGCCUAUGAUUAA